GUGAAAUCGGCGCCUAUUACCCAGGAAUCAGUGCAUUCAUCGCUCGUGAUCAUCCCAGCAUCCAGCCCAGCAUCCCCUGCUCCAGCUGACUCAUCGGUCAUCCCUCAUCUGCCAGCCAUCAGCCGUCCUUCCGUGCUUCAGGACCAGCCACACAAGGUCAGUCAGGUCAUGCAGCAGUUUGAAGUGGAAGAUCCUUCCGCAUCGGCGCGGGACGGUGCGGACGGUGCUGCGAGAGAUGUGAGAGACGGCCGGACACGGGGAGGCGUUGAGGGGCGCUGGGGCUGGCUGCGGACGAGGCUGGGGAAGGUGUCGAUUGCGGUGGUCAUCGUGGCCUUUGUGGCGAUGCUCUUGGUAAUGGGUGUGUGUGUGCGGCCGGUCGAUGAAUGACAGACAGACAGACAGACAGACAGAGAGGCAGGCAGGCAGGCAUCACAGUGCAGUGUGUGUUGGAUGUGUGUGUGCUGUUGUUAUCUGUUUGUAGAAUUGGGGGUUCGAGGGUCGGGACCGUGAGGAUGCCCAUGACAGCGUGGCCCGCUGGGUGCGGCACCUCAGGCCCUACAAGACCGCAUUCGCCACUCUAUACCGUGAGACGCUAGACAGACAGACACGCACAGAGAGAGAGAGGGGGGGGGGGGAGAGAGAGAGAGACGAGUCUGCCCAUGUGUGUGUGGUGGGCGUGUCAUGGACGGCUGAAUGCAGUUGACCCCAGGCGUGCGCACCGUCUGCUGCUGCAGUUCCCUUUGCCCUUCCUCAAAGACCCCACCGCACAGGCAAGGCACACUCACCCACACACCCACACACGCACACACAUACAUCCAUCCAUCCAUCCGGUGCCUCAUGUGUGGCAAGUAUGUGUCUGUGUGGGUGUGGGUGUAGGUGUUGGUGACGAGUGUGUUUGCCCGCGGCCCGUACUCGCACUACCCGGCCAGCUAUGGCAGCGACAUCGUUCUCGAGUUCAGACUCACUGCCGAUGACACCGGUGAGUCAAUGGGCACAUGUAGUGGUCCAGUGGUUCAUUGGUCCAUUCCUUCAGCUGUGGAGGUGCGUCGUGUGCCGCUGGAGAUGCGCACAUCUGACCCACAAUCGGUGUACACCGUCAAGAAGGCUCUAUGGACAGGCAAGGCAUGCACGGCACUGACCCACUCGUGUAUCCAUCCAUUCCACCUUCUCCCAUUCCUCGCAGGGUGGCUGGUGGAUCUGCCGAUAUUGGCUCGAGGUCAGCCCUACGGCCCCCACACGCACACCCACACCCACACACAGCAGCAGCAGCAGCAGCAGAAGGGCGCCCCACAGCCGUAUGCCAAAGCGGAUGUGGUGCUGGUGGACGCCUGGGUGGGUGGGUGGGUGCGUGAGUUGAUCAGAGGCACAUGGAGAGUGUAUGUCAGGCAUGAGAGUGCGGUGUGAGAGUGUGUGUGUUUGUUUGGACAGGGAUUGACGGCGAAUGGGUUCUUUCAGUCGUCCGUGAAGCCGAGAGAGGUCGUAGGUACGUCAGCAGUCAGCCAAGGCGGAUACCUACCAAGAUGAUUCUUUGCUCCAUGGUGUGUGCGUGUGUGGGUGUGUGAUAGGCGUGAAGGUAGACAUGAACGACACGCGAGCGUACCACAUCAACUUCGCCACCACCGUCCACCACCUCAUGCAGGAACGGGACAACAGAUGUCAGCACACCCACAGCCGACACACACACGCACUGACCGAUUGCUCGCCCAUCCAUCCAUCCAUCCAUCUGUGUGAGCAGAUCCCCUCUCCAUAACAUACACAGUCUCUUUGCUUCCAUACCCACUGCUGCCAGGGAGGGUGGCCGACGACAGGGUAAGCCUUUAAGCCAAGCGUCCACCAUCGAGCCUCCGUCGGUGCGUGUGUGUGUAUGUCUGUGUGUGUGUGCAGGUGGGAUACUUCACCAGCACCUACUACGACGUCGGCUACCACCGGCCAAUGUGGGAAGGGAUGAGCGAAGCGAAUAGCAACAACAGCAACACACGAUGGGCCGGCUGUUGGUACGGGUAAGACAGUAGGUCAGAGACCACUCACUGCUCAUGGCGGGUCGGUGCACUCACUGUGGUCGUGUGUGUGUGUGUGUUGGGUGUCUGUCACCAGGCAUGGCGAGGGCUACUAUGAGUAUGCCACCAGCAACAAUGCCACGAGCAGCCGCAUCAACUGCGUCAGGACCAAACGGCUGUCGGAAUAUGUCGACAGAGAGGUGUGAGCAUUGACACACACACGCACACACACACACACACACAUUUGUAUGUCUGUUUGUACGGCGGCAGGUGACAGUAAUCCAACGCCGCCGUCUCCUGCCGGCAGACAGCCAGAGAAACGUCUCAUACCCACUGCUCUACUUCAUUGGUACACACACACACAUAGACGAUUUCCGGCGUCCGUGUCUGACGCGUUCUUCCUUCAGACCCCUCAGUGCCUGUCCGGUGGCGGCCCGCCAUGUGUCGUGGCGUCGAGAAGUGGAACCAGGCCUUCAAGCUCCUGGGAUAUGACCCACACUAUCAGAGCCGUCGCACCUGGUCAGUGAGUGACCAAUGUUCUGCAGAUGUGCAGAUGCGCGAUGGAUGGAUGGAUGCGCGUGUGUGUGUGUGUUGGAGCAGGCGACGCACGGUGGCCGGCAGACUACAGUGUGGGCGACAUGCGGUACAACACCAUCACCUGGGGAGCGGCACUCGACCGCAUAUUCGCAAUCGGUACACAUAUAUACGCACACACACACACACACACACACACAGAGAGAGAGAGAGAGAGAGGUGGUGUGGCCAUUGUGCAGGUCCAUCGGUGAUAGACCCACGCAGUGGUGAGAUCCUCAAGAGCGACAUUUUCUUCACCGAGGGGUGGAUCAAGUCAUUCAUCAACCAGUUCGAGCGAAGAUACCCUCAGAUCUACACACAAGAAGAAGAAGGUCGGCUCACCCCUCCCCCCCCUCCCCCUCCCCUCCCCGAAACACACACACAUAUGAUGCUCUUUCUUCCGAACGUCCAUCCGCCAGGUGAUGACCGCCAGCAGUCGUCGUCUAUCGUCGAGCAUUUCAUUUCCUCAAUGCCAAAUGCCGACAGCGACGCGCUGAGGGGUCUGCUGUCCAACGCCCAGCUGACCGACAGGGAGCUCAUCGAGGGCUUUCUGCGCGCCCACUCUAACACCGAGAACACCGACGCACGGGGAACGAGAUACACAAAACACGGUGCCACACAGAGAGAGAGAGGCGUGGGCGCACCAAUGGUGGUGUGUGGGCGGGUGGGUGGGUGUGUGUGUGUGUAGCUGUCCCCGGACUGCACGAGCGCAUGGCGCACGAGGCGCGUGACGGCUCCUUUGUGGCGCUGAAGCUGAUGUACCACCAACACAUGAAGGACGAAGAGAGCAGAAGACAGCUGCAGAGAAAGAGUCAGUCAGACACCCACACACAUACCCUCCCACUUAUGGGACCCAUCAGUACGUGUUGUGUGUGCGUGUGCAUGUGAUUGAUGGUGGCAUGGCAGGCGGCAACGUGACCAAUGUCGUGAGGGAUGCGGCCACGUCGUCACACGCGUGGAUGCCAAAUGAUCAACGCACCCUCCAAGGUACAGACAGAGCCAAGCGGCUUCCAAGCCUGUGUGUAUGUGUCGGCUGACUGCAAUGCUAUCAACGCAAUGCAGGCGGCAACUCGACGACUGAUGAUGGUGUCGAUGGUGCCGGAUGGCCGAGUGGCAGCUGGAGUUGGUAUGAGCGAAUAUUGGAGGCCGGGCUGGAAGACGUCGUCACACACGAAGUAAGCGACUCAGUGAGUGGAUGGAUGGAUGGAUGGCAUCCAACCAGUACUUACCGACACACACGAAUCGAAUGCUGCGGGUGUGAACCGACAGGUCGGCCACACACUGGGGCUGCGGCACAACUUCAAGUGACUAGUGAAUGAGUGAAUGACGACAUUCCGGCCAGACACACAAACAAAUAAACUGCCCCCCUGUGUGUAUGUUCCUCCCUCCCCCUCUGCGUGUCUGCCUGCCUCUGUGCGGGCGGUGUGUUGCGUCAGGGCGUCCACCACCAUCCCGUGGGAGCAGCUCACCAACGCCACAUACAUCUGCAAACACGGGCAAGUUCGUCGGUGGCCUGCAGGCCCCACACCCCACGACGCAUCCACGCGUGUGUGUGUGUGUGUGUGUGUGCAGGUUGGGCAGCAGUGUGAUGGAUUACACUGCGGUCAACAUGGCUGCCGGGGUGGCCGACGACGCACUCUACUUCAGCCCCACUAUCGGAGACUACGACAAACUCGCAAUACGGUCAGCCGGAUAUAUACUACACAAUCAACACACACGUAAUAAUCCUUCGCACGUGUGUGGUGUGCAUCGCGUAGAUUCGGCUACCGACGGCUGGAGGAUGAGGUCAGCCAUCACGACAGACACAGACAGACAUGUGUGUGUUGUGUGAUGGUGACGUUUGUCUGCCCUGCCUGUAGGUGUCGGGUGUGCCGCACCCCUCGUCCCUCUCGCUGCUGUCCUCUGAACCGAUGGCGUUCGCCACUGACGAGGACGACCCCGACGCCAGCGGAACGGACCCAUACAACAACGUGGUGAGCGUCGUGUGUGGCUGUCUGUGUGUGUUUGCAUAGCAUUCUGUGGUGUGCACUUGCUUGCUUUGGUUGGUUGGCUGCAGCGAGAUCUCAGCAACCCGCUGCAGGUGUCUGUCCGCAGAGGAUACAGAGGAUCAUACGUGUGCAUCUAUCCUUCGCAUCUGUUUGUGUGCAUGCGCCUUGCUCAGUUCUACUUGAACGAGCUCGAGUACGUCAAGGUACGGAGAACCAACACCAACACACACGUGUGACAAACACGCAUCCAUCGAGGGGCGAGUGAAGUGAGUGCACUCACUCACUAUACCUACCGCAGAACAUCCGUUCGGUGCUGCUGGAGAGUUCCGUGCUGCCAGGGGAGGAUAUGUCGCGCCUCGCAGAGGCAGAAAUGACCAUCCUCGGCAGAGUACACCCACCCACCUCACCAAGCACACACACACACACACACACGAAUGGAUGUCUGUGUGGAUGUCUGUGUGUAUGUGUGAAGGUGAUGACGGCUGGCAUGUAUCUCUCCAAGUUCCUCGGUGGUGUGGUGCUGACCAAGGAUCCCAAACCAACACCAACACAGGCAAACGAGAUGAUGGCAGAGGCAACAGCCGCCAUGGCCCCGCCCGCAUUAGCUGUGGACGGCAACAGGCAGCAGGAGGCCCUGGAAGCCAUCACCGAGGUUCGUAUACACAUCUGACCGACAGAGAGUGCACUGCACCUGGGGAAGGAAACCAAUACACACAUGUGUGUGUGUAGUCAGAUAUUGACAGGUGUGCCUGCGCGUGACGAUCGUCGCGGCAAGGGGAGCCGGGGGAAAAGGAAAAGCGGUGUGGAUGGCCGGGGGUCGUCGCUGUACCCCUCACCCGAAUCGGUGCAGUAUCUGGUACGAUGAAUGCAUAGCGACCACAGCCGCACACAACACACGCGUUUCGGUGCCCAUGUCAUGUGUGUUUUGGUGUUGGUGUCAAUCAAUGUGUCUGUCAGGUGCGUCGUGUGGGCGUGUGCAGCGGCCCCACCCGCUUCUGCAUGGGCAGAGAACCGCUGGACAUCCUCGCAUCAAUCGACUGUAUGCGACCGAUCCACCACCCACACGGACAGACAGACACACAGGCAGGCAGACAGGCAUACAGUCUAUCCGUCUGCUGCUCAUUCAUGUCUGUAUAUGUGUGUUUGUGAUUUGUUGGCUGAUCGAUCGUCCAGCGCUGCAGAAGCUGCUGCUGCUAUUCAUCUUCCUUCCCCGUCGCCUGGUCCGCCUGCGGACACUCUCCUGGCUCUCUGCCGACUAUGGCAGUGGCUCUCGGGCAUCGUCGCCACCCUUGGCCACGGCCCCUCCCCCAGCAACCAUUCAGCCGGGCACACUCGAGCAGCCAGACGAGCAGCCGAUGGUGACGCAUACGGGCGGCAAUGAGACGUUCUCUGCCGACUACAUGACGACCGACGAGAGGCGAGAGCUGAGAGGGAGAGGCGGCAACGAUCGGGAAAGUCCUUUCACGACAAGCAGACUUGUGAAAGAGGUACACAGUACAUGUUGACAGACCGACAAGCCCAGCAUAUGUGUACCUUCCAUGUGUGUGGCAGCUUGGAUCGUCUUUGUGGCCCGAGUUCCCUUCCCGUGGUGGUGCAGCGAGCGUUGGCCGCGAGCCGCUAGCCUUUCGCGCAGUGCGGUCGCCUCAACGAUGGAGUCUGCAGAUAUUCUGGAUCGAGCUGAUGGGUGCUCUCGCUGACGGCCUUCUGCCUAUCCAGGAGCUGCGUGCAUCGGCCACUACAGAGCUAUGGCGAAUACAGGUCGGUAGAGGGAUGGAGAUGGCAAAAAUGUCGUUUGGCGUCUCUCUCUCUCUCUCUCUCUGUGUGUGUGUGUGUGUGUGUGUAUUCAGGCUGUGUUGACAAGUCUGAAGGACGAUAAGCGGCUGAUGAGCGGCCCUCUUGCCGACCUGCCGUCGCAUUUGCGGCUGUGCGAGCAGACGCUUGAUGAGACACUCGAUCCGCUGAGGCGGGGCAGAGGGAGAUGACCUGGGUGGUGUAUCUAUCGAUUGCAUGGUGUGAUGGCUGCAUUCAUAUAUGCAUAUGUCGAUAGAUAUGAUGUGAUGACUAGGAGAACGACAGACUAUAUUUUGGCUAUCGUCAUCUUUUGAAUGAUUGCUUUUCAGUGUGUUUCAUGGGCGAGAGGGCAUUGAAUCAGCAAUGAGACAUGAAAAACAUGAAGAUGUAAAGAGGUCUGCAUGAAGUGUAUGACGAUAAGCUAUAAUAAAAUCUACUAGGAC